GCUGGGAAAACUGCGCUCUGCGUCACAGGACAGGCAAGCCAAAACUGAAGCUAAGCAGACCAUCCGACACAAGCAGUAACUAUUAACAGAGACGCUUUUGUUAUAACAAACACGUCUUUUUUAAGUUUAGUCAGGUAUUUUAUCCAACCCUAAUCAUGGAUGCCGACGACGAAGUCGUUGCAAUGAAAGAUUCCGGAAAGCGAGACCGUCAUUCAGGUCAAGGCAGAUAUGGUUUACAUGAAGUUGAAGCUUUGGAGAAUCCAGACACUGACAUUGGUUUAUGUGGGUGGCUGCUGGUUUUGCUGUCUGUCUUGCUCAUGCUGGUUACUCUGCCCAUCUCCAUAUGGAUGUGUAUUAAGAUUGUGAAGGAGUAUGAGCGAGCCAUUAUCUUUCGCCUCGGGCGCAUUUUGCGAGGAGGAGCCAAAGGACCAGGUUUGUUUUUCAUCUUGCCAUGCACUGACAGUUUUAUUAACGUGGACAUGCGCACCAUCACCUUCGACAUCCCACCACAAGAGGUCUUGACCAAGGACUCUGUGACAGUGAGUGUGGAUGGUGUGGUUUACUAUCGGGUCCAGAAUGCCACUCUGGCUGUGGCUAACAUCACGAAUGCAGAUGCUGCCACCCGACUUUUGGCUCAGACCACCCUGAGGAACGUCCUGGGUACCAAGAACCUGGCAGAGAUCCUCUCUGACCGUGAGGAGAUUGCACACAGUAUGCAGUCCACUCUGGAUGAUGCUACUGAUGCCUGGGGGAUCAAGGUGGAGCGGGUGGAAAUCAAAGAUGUGAAGCUGCCUGUCCAGCUCCAGAGAGCCAUGGCAGCUGAGGCUGAGGCCUCCCGUGAAGCCAGAGCCAAGGUGAUCGCAGCUGAGGGGGAGAUGAAAGCGUCGCGGGCGCUGAAGGAGGCCUCCCUGGUGAUUGCAGAGUCUCCAUCAGCCCUGCAGCUGCGUUACCUGCAGACCCUUAACACCAUCGCUGCAGAGAAGAACUCCACCAUCAUCUUCCCGCUGCCGCUGGAGAUGAUGCAAGGUCUCCUCAAGCACUGAGGAGUCUGAGGAGGGAUGCACACACUCACCAUGUAUCACUUAAAACCUGCAUACAGGUCUGUCAGGCAUGGCUUGUUGAACCAGUUGAAGUGGCUGUUUUAUAGCUAACAUUUUUUUAUUUGACUAUAAUCUGUGUACUUAACAUUGUUUUAACUGAACAAGAAUGAAACAUUUGUUGUCAGAUUUUCUAUUGUCUGACUCAGCUGAAUGAAGGUUCAUGACAGUCAUCUAGAGCCAGAGGUGCCAAACACAGCUGGAAAACAGUCAGCAUGUCUGUUUGUCUGCACUGAAAAAACACUGCAAAUGUUUACCUCUGAAGCUAUAAAACAGCCCUGAAUGUGCUUAGUGCUGUGUAUGAAGAACAAAAGUAGCCAUAGUGCAGCAGGUGUUUUAGUUUUCAAGUUACAGUUUUAUCCUUUUUCU